AUGGGCGCACGGGGAUGGGCGCACGGGGAUGGGCGCUCGGGGAUGGGCGCACGGGGAUGGGCGCACGGGGAUGGGCGCACAGGGAUGGGCGCACGGGGAUGGGCGCACAGGGAUGGGCGCACGGGGAUGGGCGCACAGGGAUGGGCGCACAGGGAUGGGCGCACAGGGAUGGGCGCACGGGGAUGGGCGCACGGGGAUGGGCGCACGAGGAUGGGCGCACAGGGAUGGGCGCACGGGGAUGGGCGCACGGGGAUGGGCGCACAGGGAUGGGCGCACAGGGAUGGGCGCACGGGGAUGGGCGCACAGGGAUGGGAACACAGGGAUGGGCGCACGGGGAUGGGCGCACGGGGAUGGGCGCACAGGGAUGGGCGCACGGGGAUGGGCGCACGGGGAUGGGCGCACGGGGAUGGGCGCACAGGGAUGGGCGCACAGGGAUGGGCGCACAGGGAUGGGCGCACGGGGAUGGGCGCACAGGGAUGGGCGCACAGGAAUGGGCGCACAGGGAUGGGCGCACAGGGAUGGGCGCACAGGGAUGGGCGCACGGGGAUGGGCGCACGGGGAUGGGCGCACGGGGAUGGGCGCACAGGGAUGGGUGCACGGGGAUGGGCGCACGGGGAUGGGCGCACGGGGAUGGGCGCACAGGGAUGGGCGCACAGGGAUGGGCGCACAGGGAUGGGCGCACAGGGAUGGGCGCACAGGGAUGGGCGCACAGGGAUGGGCGCACAGGGAUGGGAACACAGGGAUGGGAACACAGGGAUGGGCGCACAGGGAUGGGCGCACAGGGAUGGGCGCACAGGGAUGGGCGCACAGGGAUGGGAACACAGGGAUGGGAUCACAGGGAUGGGCGCACAGGGAUGGGCGCACAGGGAUGGGCGCACAGGGAUGGGCGCACAGGGAUGGGCGCACAGGGAUGGGCGCACAGGGAUGGGCGCACAGGGAUGGGAACACAGGGAUGGGAACACAGGGAUGGGCGCACAGGGAUGGGCGCACAGGGAUGGGCGCACGGGGAUGGGCGCACGGGGAUGGGCGCACGAGGAUGGGCGCACAGGGAUGGGCGCACGGGGAUGGGCGCACGGGGAUGGGCGCACAGGGAUGGGCGCACAGGGAUGGGCGCACGGGGAUGGGCGCACAGGGAUGGGAACACAGGGAUGGGCGCACGGGGAUGGGCGCACGGGGAUGGGCGCACAGGGAUGGGCGCACGGGGAUGGGCGCACGGGGAUGGGCGCACGGGGAUGGGCGCACAGGGAUGGGCGCACAGGGAUGGGCGCACAGGGAUGGGCGCACGGGGAUGGGCGCACAGGGAUGGGCGCACAGGGAUGGGCGCACAGGGAUGGGCGCACAGGGAUGGGCGCACGGGGAUGGGCGCACGGGGAUGGGCGCACGGGGAUGGGCGCACAGGGAUGGGCGCACAGGGAUGGGCGCACGGGGAUGGGCGCACGGGGAUGGGCGCACAGGGAUGGGCGCACAGGGAUGGGCGCACAGGGAUGGGCGCACAGGGAUGGGCGCACAGGGAUGGGCGCACAGGGAUGGGCGCACAGGGAUGGGAACACAGGGAUGGGAACACAGGGAUGGGCGCACAGGGAUGGGCGCACAGGGAUGGGCGCACAGGGAUGGGCGCACAGGGAUGGGCGCACAGGGAUGUCUCAUUCUUCCCCUCCUCUUGCCCCCUCCUCCCCUCCCAUUUCCCCUCUCCCCACCCCGUGCCCUCCCACGCACCUGUUCGAUCAUGAGCGCCGAGUGCGCCCAGUGGAAGCAUCAUAG